AGCUUUUCUUUAAAUCUUGUGACAUUGUCUCCGGUCCCUUGCCUCUAUUUUUUUUUUUUGGUUCAACUCCGGCUCAGCACUUUAUCCACAGUCCCUUGCCUUCCCCCUCUUCUUUGAGCGCUGGGUUAGGAGCUGCUCAGUUCCAGUCCGGCCGGGCGGAGGUCACUUUUGAGUUCACUGUCUGGCUUUUAAAGGGAAAAAACACAAAAGAAAUUUUGACAGUGUUGUUUUGGAAGUCAGCUGACUUGGUUGGGGGGAAGUGGAGAUUUUUGGAGCAGAACGUCAACACACACCUUUGCUCUUCAAGCCAAGCCAAGAUGGAGUUCCUACAUACAUGGUCUGUAGGUUGUGCUUGGACAGUCUAAUGCUAGGCACUGUGUAUCACUGGUGUCCAUUUCGGGGGCGAUGCCACUGUGAUUUGAGGCCUUUUCAGCAAAAUCUGGUUUAGCUGAAGCGUUGACUUUGCAGAGGUGAAUUCAUAGCUGCAAGAUGGCUGACCAGCCCAUCAAGGAGAUCUUGGGAGGUUCUAAAUGUCCUCAAUGUGCUACAGUGGAGAAGAGCAACAACAACGAUUGCCGAGUAACCGCUGUCCCUCUAGUGAAUGAAUGCCAACUCACAGCCGCAACGGGGGGAAACGAACUCUCCUGUUACCGCUGCACAGUCCCUUUUGGCGUAGUGAUCCUCAUUGCUGGAGUGGUGGUCACAGCCGUGGCAUACAGCUUCAACUCUCACGGGUCCAUCAUCUCCGUGCUUGGAUUGGUUGUCUUGUCUUCGGGACUUCUUUUGCUGGCUUCAAGCGCACUGUGCUGGAAAAUCAGGCAGAGAAGCAAGAAGGCAAAGAGGCGAGAGAGCCAAACCGUUCUUGUGGCAAAUCAGAGAAGUCUGUUUGCUUAAAGAAAAAAAAAUUAAAAACUCCAUACAGAAGGGAUGAAGGAAAGGAUGGAUUAUUAAAUGGACACGUCUAUUUAUUUGCAGUCUGGUUGCCGGACAUUUUUAUCCGUCGCUGAAUUGAAAUUUUAAUGAUAUGAGUUUAAAGGCCUUCUUAAAAGUUUGGAAUAGCUGAUCUCUCUCUCUCUCUCUCUCUCUCUCUUUGACCAAUUAAUCUCAAAGCUCACAAGAGAUGGUUUUCUUUUCAGCCGGUUCCCUUUGUUUAUCGCUCCAAUUUAAAUUAUGAUGAUCCAGUGUUAAUGUUUUCAUGCCCUAGGACCGUGGUGGCGAACCUUUGGCACUCCAGAUGUUAUGGACUACAAUAGGCCAUGCUGGCAGGGGCUGAUGGGAAUUGUAGUUCAAAACAUCUGGAGUGCCAAAGGUUCGCCACCACUGCCCUAGGGGAAAAAAUCUGCCUGCUAAGUUUCAUCGUGGGAGAGGCCAAGUUUUCAAAUAGGAGAGCCAAUAUUCAGAAACAGCCUAUAGUGAAGAAUUAUGUUAGGCAAUGUAUUAAAAAAUGUCAGCCCACAGGAGAAAGGUAAUGGGAUUUUAGCAGACAAUUUGAGCCAAUAUAGGCUUGUAUGUUUACCGGUGUAUACAUAUAAUACAUACAUAUUAUGUAUGUAUUACAUACAUUUGUACAUAUACAUAUAAUGGAAUCUAAAUGAUGAUAGUUCUUAAGGAUAAACAAUGGCCAUUUCCAGACAUUUUAAAAAAGAAUGGUUUUCAGAGGUUUUGUCCACAUAGGCCAUAAAAAUAAAAAGUUUCAGGUGAAAAUGAUUCUUUAAAAAUAAAAACCACGCAUGUGUGGCUUCGAUUCUACAAAGGCUCAAUUUCUAAAGCCUUGCUGACUGUGACAUCAAAUCUAUGAAGCAUCAGUUCAGUUCAGUUUUAUUACGGCCAUUAGGCCAGCAAAAAAUCUAUGAAGCAUCAAAUCCACAAUACAAAAAAUUCUAAAAAGGAAAAAUGGCACGCUCGUGUAAUCAGCAGACAAUAAUGAAUUUAUUAGUGUAGAGCAAUGACAGAAAUGGUGGGCAGGUGCAAGGCCAGAUGAGAAAACAUCCAUUGAAAGCUUCAGAAAACAAUGGAUCACCAUAAAAAUCUCUGGAGCAGCAGAAAACUGCGGACAGCCAGAGAAAUGAAAGUAGCGGAGUCAAAGGGCGGUGUGGACCUUCACAUUUGUGUGGGAGAAAUAAAACGUUUUCUGUUUCUCCGCACAGGCAAGAGGGAAAUGUUUUCAAAACAUUUUAGGAAUAAUAUCGUUAGUUUAGAGGAUCCAAUAUAAAGUGUUUUGAAAACAUUUUUUGGGGAAAACUGUGCGGAACUCCUUGGAGGCAAUUUUAUUUCCUUAUUUUGGCUGUGCCGAAAGGGCCAGUUUGGGGGAGAGGAUUUGGAGCAGAGCAAUGGCAGAUAAAUAAAGGGUUGAGCCCCUUUCCAGUAUCACGUUCCUUUCCCAAAGCUACUUUUUCCUAGGAAAAAUGACUCAAAGAUGGGUUUUUGGGGUGGCAGUAGGGGCAGGGUGUUGUUAUCCACAAAUGUGUAUAGUUCUUGAUUAGGGCUUUUCUUAUAAAAAUAGCUGUUUUCCAUACUGCAUGCACUGUUGACCCUCUAGUGUUUCACAGAUCAAAACAGGGACUCCCUCGUAACCUCCAGUUCAUCACCCCAAUACCUAUCCUUGGUUAUGUUCUUCUGAGCGCAUCUUAUUUAUAUUGCAGUGGAUGGUCCUCCAGUGGCUAAGAGGACUGAAACAAAUCCAGUGGUUCUUUUGACAACAGGGAAAACAUAAUUGCACUGUGAUGCAUUAUUUUUAAAAAUAAUAAUACUCCAGAGUGCAAAAAGGCAGGCUCUGCCCUGCAGAGGCAAAGUGAAGGGGAACUGCGCCCAUGGCGCAUGCAUGUCCUGCCUCCCUGCUGCAGUGCUGUCCACCCCCACCCUGGAACACCCCCGGAAUGCCCCACCACGCCUCCUCCAUGGCCUGGCCAUGCCCACUCCGCUGCUCCGCCUGGGCUUUCACGCCCUACCCGGCCUUGUUGGUGCUACACCACUGCUGCCCUGCUUGGUGUACCUGUACAGGCAUUGAUUGAACAGUAUCAUUAGAGACAAGAGGUAUCCAAUCAACAACUUGAAAUUUUAGCAGCUAGAGACGCCGUUGAGAGCUGAAUCCUGAAUGACAGCUCUAGAAAUUCACACAAAAAUAUUAACAGUAGAUUAUGGUAGGGGCUUUCUGGGGGCAGGAAACAGAAAAUAGGGACUGUGGACCUUUGGGGCAUGUGUAUUAACUAUUUGAAUGGUCUCCUUACCAUCCAUAGGAAAAGCAGCCCUGGAACUUGCCUCAACCCCCUCGCUCUCUACCUUUUCUUCCCCCCAUCCCUUUGUAUGUCUUUCAAAGAAUAGGAAAAAUGUUUAGUUGAAGACUUUCCUGGCUGGAAUCAACAGGCUUGGGUGGGUUUUCCGGACUGUGUGGCUGUGGUCUGGUACUUUUUGCUCCUAAAGUUUCGCCUCCAUAGAUGCAGGUGAAAUUUUCGGAGCAAAAACUAACAGACCUGGCCACACGGCCCGAAAACCCACCACAGCCAAUAAGGAAAAAUGUGGACAACAUUGAAAUAGAAUGUCUAGAAUGAGAUCUCACCUGACCUCACCUGAGGUGCUGGAAAUUGGCUUCAGAGUAAUUCCAAUCAACCAAGUGGGGUUAUCACGUUACUUUUCAAUCGACAACGAGCUCAUAUAUGGCUUUGAUUGACGUAAGUUCUUGAGAGAGCGACGGCUGCAUUAGCCAGUUUGUAGAUAUCAGCUCAGCUCUCCCUUAUUUCCUGUGAUGUUUAUUGGUGGUACUUUUCAAAGAGUAAUAUUCAACUGUACCAUAGGCUGAUUUAGCACUUUGGGGGUGGUUUUGAUAUUAAAAAGAAGUAGUUUUAAAAUGUCAGCAUCCUUUUAAAAUAAACAAAUCUGUGCUGCUAGAGCUCUAUAAAACCUAAUUUCCCCCCCACACACACACCCCACCCCUGCCAUCCUUAUCUGAAACUAAAGCAGCUGGAGAGGACUGAGCGCAGAGUUGUUACGAAAUGUACAGCUGUAUGCUGAUGCAGAUCCUCUGGGGAGGACUGAAGCAAUUUGAAGGCUCUGUGCUGGGGCCUUUGCGCCCCCCACAUGACCAGAUCAGUGGCCCUUGGGGAUGGAGGGUACCCCCUGUCCCUAGGCAAAUACGCCACAGGGUGGAUCCCACCAGACUCACAAACACAUAAAACCAAUUUAAAACUCAUUCUAUGUCCGAUAGUGUAAAUAUAUAACAAUAGUUACUAAACAGGAGGGAAGAAAAUUUGGGGGUGGGGGGAGACCAAGCUGACGGAAAACCAGAGCUGCCUCAACUGUAUGCCUGGUGAAUCAGCUCCAACUUACAGGCCCUGCAAAACUGCAUUAGAUCCCACAAGGCCUGGAUCUCACUAGACCAGCAACCUUUCCUAUCAAAAGUGCCAUUUCUCCCCCCCCCCCCCCCGAAACAAAACUGUCUGGAGCCGCAAAACAUAUUUGUGCCUUACAAUGAAGGUAAGACAGCACAGUAAGUCUAAAUUAACCUAUCAACCUUACCAUUAGAUCUUAUUGAGCAUUAAUUGAUAUGUUUUAUCACACCUGGCUAUAAUUUGAAGUGGACUGUUUAUUAAUUUUGGUAGUUUAACUUUGCAUUUUCAUUACGAUACUACCAUGUUUUGUUGCAUUGAUGAAUGGGUCAUAAUAACAGAAUGACUGGCAAGCAGUACAGUUACAAUAGUGUUGGUAAUGACUUUUUUUAAUACAGCACAUAAUAAACGAAUUCACUGACACAAAA